AUGAAACGAUUCAGGCAUGAUAUAAUUGGUAUUUCUGAAGUGCGAUGGACAGGAAAAUGUGAAACACCGGAUGCGGAUUUCAUCGGGCCAGAAGAAGAAACUGUACAUAUGAGGGAUGUCAGUUUCUUAUUUAGUGCACAUGCAAAAAAGGCAUUAAUAGGAUAUCAGCCAAUCGGCCCACGAAUAAUUUCGGCGCGAUUUGAUGCGACACCAUUUAAGAUAACAGUCAUGCAUGAAUGUGCACCAAAUUCUGCAACAUCAAAAGAAGACAUUGAAGCAUCCUAUAGCUAUAUUGAAAAAGAGAUUGGUACGGAAAAUGUAGAGUGGAAAUCAUGUAUGGGUAAAUACGGACACAGCGACAGAAACGAACGCCUCCUAGAAUUUGCCACAGCACAUGAUCUCUACAUAUGCAAUACGCGAUUUCAACAGAAGCCUAAUAGAAAAUGGUCCUGGGCACCACCAGAUGGUACUCAUAAGAAUAUGAUUGAUCUCAUUCUCAUACAAAUCCAAACAGGAAUACGUGCGUUAAAAACAAAUAAGAGUCUAGGAUCACACGGAAUUCCAGCAGAGAUGCUACAAGCUGGAGAAGAACCACUAGCACGUGAAAUAUAUCGGCUCUGCAACAAAGCAUGGCAUGAAUGUGCAAUUCCAGAAGAAUGGGGAAAAUCUGUUUUGGUAUCUAUACCGAAAAAAGGAUAUCUUAGCAAAUGUUAUAACUAUCGAACGGUCUCACUUAUCAGUCAUACAGGAAAAUACUCCUAA